UUUGGAUUAUAUGUCUGUUGUAUAUUUAUAUGAAGUGAGCUCUUCAUAUUUGAAUUGUUUACUGCUUAAAGAGUGCGGUUUCUCUUAGAUAAAUAGUGCUUUAGUGUAACAGCGUAGCAGGGGUGGUGCAAGGAAAUAUGUAACCGCCGCAGUUUAAAAACUGACAGUUUCAGAUCGACAGUAGAAAAGCACAGUUCCAGCUGGGGAACCUGCGGAGUCAGUUUCAGCAGGAGGGUGGGGGAGGUGAAGAGAUGGAUCUGGUGACUGGGGAGGGCCAAGAUGCCCUCCCAGUCUUGGAGGGGGAGGUCUCGUCCUCGACGAGCGACGAGAGAGGGGCGGCGGGACCCAACCCCCUGGUGCCACCUCCGGAGGCUGGCGAACAGAUGGUGGUGUCCGAAGCCGGAGUAUUUCCCCAGCAGGGCUUGGAGGAGCAGGAGGUGGAAGAGGAAGUGCUGGAUGGCUCGGUGAUGGGUGACGUUGUAAGCGGCGUGCCGUCGCUGUCACCAGACACAUCUGAAUCUGCUCUCGAGUUGUUGUGCCAGCCAUUUGAGCCCGGCCAGAGUGGUUUAGGUGAUCUUACGGAUUCGUGCUUGGACUUCAUUGUGCACCUGCAACCCGAAUGUCAGGUGGAGGGCCCUUCAGUGGAAGUAGCGACCGUGGAGGAGCUACUGUCGGAGGACGGCUGCAACAUCGACCCCGUGCUGCACCACUGUGGGGGAGGCAGAGCUGGCAAUACUGCAAUGGGGCGAGGGCGAUGA